AUGAGCAUUCCUUUCCAACGUGCGAUGCCUCUGGGAAGUAUUUCCAUCGGUCGCUCAACUGGAAACUCCAUACAUCCUGUCUCGCACAUGGCGCCAUCAACCCAGAACAGCCAGUGGCAGUUCCUGCCUGGCAUCUACACCCCCAGACAAUUCAUCGCACAGCUGGCAGUCAUCCCAGAGAGCAUUCUGGUACAGCUGGGGCCCGACGAUGCUUCAUCAAAACAGACCUCCCGAGACAUUUUGAUGGAUGGCCUGCGUUCUAGCCUCUCGCAGGAGGGCCGUGAAUCGACGCUCCCCCUGCCCGAUUGGAAAAGUGCGACCCCAUCCGAAAUGACACAACAAGCCAAAAACAUUGGGGACACGCUCCUGCAGUACGCGCUGGAGGACAAUUACUCAGUUGCUGGUAUUGCCGACCUGAAGGUCUUUAGUCCCUGCGAAGGCCAUAAGUGGGUGCCCCCAGCCGGACAACUUCUGCGGAGCUCACGCGGCUCGCCUAUUCUCAUGAUGCUGUAUAACGAAUGGUUGCAUCAGAUCACCUGUCUUCGCGAUUCACUUCUCUCCUUCGAGAACUUCAAGGAAGUUCAACUAGAUUUGUCGGACCCGUCUCAUCGCGGUACUCGCCGAAUGGAGAGCUUCCGAGAUUCCUACUUGUUUAGUAUUCGGGCCCAGACGCACACCGACGCAGAUAUUCUUGAGGCUGCAAAAGUGUUGACGGCACCAACCCUUCCACAGGGAGGUUACGGGUUCCAAUACUCCCGAGGAACAGUCCUUCCGGCAGCCUUGUUCACGCAAUCCGAAACUCGUCUACUCCGAUAUUUUCCUGUCCACGUUCAUGAGACUGACGGCGAAGAAGAAUGUGUGCUUUUUGAUUUCCCCAACUUCAACUUGGACAAUGGCUUCUUGAAAGAGCCGGAAUGUAUAGCUUUGGAUACCAAGUCGGAACAGGUCACGAGCCACGCCAGCACUGGUACACUGCAUUCCGGCUUGCGACACAAUAUUCAAUUGACUGGAAAAAAGAAUAAUGGAGAGACCGUCUCUUUUGAUCUUGAUACUGCGCUUCUCGGUCUUUGA